UGCUGCAGUCAGAGGUGGUUUAACGGUCAUGCGUCAUCCGUACGUUGAGACGUUGGUGAGACGUUGAGAAAAGCGCGGGAAUAGCGCCAUCUUCCGGAGAAUAUAUAAUAUUUUUGGUUUUAUAAUUCAUUUUCUGGUCAAAUGUAAAUAGUUUAUCUUGCGUAAAAUGGCGAAACGUUUCUUUAGUCCUCCAAAUGAAAGUAUAAGUUUGAAGUUUCGGGAAGCGCCGUUUGAGCUGCUCACAGAUUUCCUGGUUAACCUCAACACAAGAAACAAAGAUAAGCUCGACGGUUUGUCGAAAUGCAGCGGGAACUUUAAAGAUGAACGACUGGUGGAGUACAUCUUCCUGAUGACUAAAGAGCUAAGACUCGAUCCACUCACUGGAUACCACGCUGUUGAAUUACUCCAAAGAUUCAUGGUCAGGCACCUUACAGAUAUGUUGACCGCACCCUCACCUCCAGGCGCGGCUGCUGAUCCACCGAGAAGUUUGGAGGAUGCUCUGUUCGACAAACUGAAGAAGAAGUUCCCCCUCAUCAUCUUCUCCUGCGUGCAACUUGCAAGCAAACUGUCUCUGCACAGUCAUAUAAUCGACAACAACACUGCUGUACGCUUUCUGCAUUCACUCGGGCACAGUGUCUCCAAGCAGACUCUUGUGGAAUCAGAGCUGAUGGUGUUAAAGGGGCUUGAGUUCAGACUAAAUCCACCUAACCCUCUGACAUAUGUGGAAAUCCUGCUGGAGGUGCUUGCACAUAACAGGCCAUCCAUCCCCCUGGAGCACCUGUAUCACCUGUGCCACUACGUUCUGCAGUUCAUCAGCCUGCACAGGACCGCCAUCUUCGACUCCUUGUUAGCGACCACCACUCAAAGUGUCAGCCCGUCUGGGGAACAGAGAGAGAAGUUUGUGACAGUGACUGAAGACUACAUGCUUCUUGGUGUUGGCGUCAUCGCUGUGGCCUCGUUCAUCCUCUAUGGCCGAGAAUGGAAACAGAUGGUGGGAGAACUGAGUCACAUCACAGGAAUCUCAAGGAGGAGCAUCAGCGAUUACGCUCACGUGACACUGAUGCACAUUGUUAGAGGCAGCUUCCCUCUAACAUCAACUUGAGUCCUGAUAACACUCACUCACUGAACACUCUUUAUACUAUUGUUUAUGAUUAAAGAUGCUUUAUAGCUGCAGAACGUGUACUCUGCCCCUCAGUGAGACGACUGGA